UCUUGUCCAAGUCUCAAGAGCCUUCUAUCAACCAUGUACAAGCUGGUGCUCGCUGUCCUCGCCGUGCUGGCCCUUCUGGCCGCCUCAAACGCUCAGCUGCUGGGCGGCUACUACGGCGGCCUCGGCUACGGCGGCCUCCGCAGCGGCUACGGCGGCUACUACGGCGGCUAUGCUGCCCCCUACGCCUACGGUCGCGGCCUCUACGGCGGUGGCCUCUACGGAGGCUACGGCCGCGGCCUCUACGGCUACUACGGUUAAGCCGAUCUUAAGCGUCCUCACUGUCAAACGUGUACUACGUAGUGUUUCUGCAGCUCUAAAUAAA